CUUCCAUCCCUUAUUUUGACUACACUUUGAGAUCUGGAUCAUUUGAGUCAAUCUAUACUCAUUGUAGUUUCGUCCAUGAGAAGAGGGACAAACAAUUAUUAAUCUAAGGAUGACUAAAGACGCAUUUACUGUCACUGUCGUGGUCUUGUGGCUACUCUGCAAUCUUGCGAGGAGCAGGGGAACCGGGGGAUUUCAAGGCGCCAUUCCGGAACAGUCACUGCAGGGCAGUUUCAGGGGAACGGGACCGCCUUCUUUCGGGGACGAGGUGCUGAACUCCAGCCAUGAGGCUUUACACGUAAUGAAGCGCCAUUAUCUGAAACCCGAGUGGUGCAAAACACAGCCGCUCAACCAGACUAUCAACGAGGACGGGUGCCAGCCGCUCACCAUCACCAAUAGCUUCUGUUAUGGACAGUGCAACUCUUUUUACAUUCCUCGACGUGUUAAUCAAGAGGACAGUGUCUUCCAGUCAUGCUCCAUGUGCAAGCCGAAGACUUUCACGUCUGUUACAUACACUCUCUUGUGUCCAGGGCAGAUUCCACACAAGAAGAAGAAGCGGGUGCGGCGCAUUAAGCAGUGCCACUGUACAUCUGUCGACUUGGAUUAACACGCUGACGUUCAUUGUUUUACUUGUGUGCUUUUGUCUGAAAGUUACAUUUCAAUACAUUCCUAUCCUAUAACUUAAAUUAUUAAUGUAGGAGUAUUGUUUAAGUUUCCUCCAUCAUUAGUUGUUCAGCCAUGCACUCAGUUUACUGGGGGGGGUUACCUUCCACCCCCAUCCCCCCUGGAAUCUACACCCCUGAUUAGCUGUAGAUAUUACUUUAUAUAUUUUUAAGAUUUACGCAUUUCAGUUUUUGCAUUUAAAGAGUGCUGAAAAAAGAAAAGAAGCUAAAACCAGCCUAAACUGGUCUCCCAGUCUAACCAGCUAAAAAGUGCCCCAAACCCCUCUAAAACAAGCCAACUGACCACCCUGGGAAGGCUGGGCGACCAGCUAAGACCAACCAACCAGCGUGGGCUGGUUUUAGCUUUUUUUUUUUUUGAGCAAGGGAAAAUAAAAAUCUGCCCUUUAUGUAUAUAAAAUACAAUUUAAGCAAUUAAAUGUCCUUUAAAAACAAAGGAUAAGUAUAAUUCUAAAAAAAGAGUGACAUUAAAAUAGAUUAUAUUAUUCUCCACUGUGUGGAGCAAGAUUUGCACAUUCACGCAAAUAGCUUACUCUGGCUUUAUUUGUAAUGUAGGAUAGGCCUACUUUGUGGGUGGAAUUUAAUAAGUAAUGUUGUAAAAAGAAAACAAAAUCCAGUCAAAUGUAUUUUAUCCUGGUGCUAAUACAAGUGUUUUUUUUUAAAUGUGUUGCAUAUGUUACCUUACAAAGCCAAAACGCAGCAACAACACCAACACAGAAACUGAGAACAGUUUAUUGAUUGUCCAGCCAAAAGUGUGAAUUAUAAAUAGUUUCACUGUUUUUUCUUUGAAUCUGACCAUAUUUGAGAAAUAUUUGUCUGUCACAGGACAGAUCAUAGUCUAAGAGACCCUAUUUCAGUCGUAACAAUUAUGACAAAAUGUGUAGUUACUGCAUUUUGACUUUGCAGGGCAGAAUGGAUACUUCAAGUUUUGAAAUAGUCAAGUCAGGAUUUUUUGUAUAUAACUGUCAUCAAUAAAAAUGUGAUGUUCAUCAAGAUAAAACUGAAAGGUAAAGUUCUUCAUAAAGAAUAUUUAAAAGGCCUUUUAUAUUAUUUUACAUGUACAUUAUCAUUGGAAUAGGACACUUAAUGUUUAUUAAUAUUCUGUAAUGAUAUAAUGUGGCCACAAAAGUUACUCAGCAUUGCUACUCAGUAUGCAAAAUAAAGUGACUGCUUUUUCUAAAGCUGAAUAUUGAGCCUGCUAUUUUCGAAAUGUUUGAACCCUUAAUUGUUUAGACUGGUCAAGGCCCCAGAGCAUCUCUUAUUAAACAUAGUAAACCAGAUUUUUGGUUCUAAAAUGUGUGAGUGAGCGAUGGGUUGUUGGGUUACACCCAGAACCCACUACACUGAGGGGCAGGUUGUUAUCCUGUAACUAACAGUCUGGAGAAAUAGUGUUGCACAAGCAGGUGCAGUUCAUUCUGUCCCUGCCAAGAAAUUCAGGUGUCUGGGCCAGAACAGGCUGGAGGUCUUGCAUAAAAAUAUAUCUGGUCCUCUUUGAAA